CAUGGAACCCAGUUACAGGGCUUUGGUAAUUCAGCCCUGUAACUGGGAGUCAUAACAUAAACAAUCCCAGGAGCACCUGGCAGAAGAAGAUAGAAUAUGCCUGGGAACUUGGGGCCGAAAGUAUAAACAAUUAUAAUUGGUCUAGUGUGUGAAAAUGGUAGUAAUGUGAUAUUGGGGGUGGGACUUGAUGAUGAUAUUUACGUGUGGUGUUACGUAGCAUCAAAAGUUAUAAAAAUAGUUGUAUGUAAACAUUGGGUCAUUCCUGACUUUUCCAAAGUCAUGUGUUCUUCAAUAAAGAUUGGAUUUGAGAGCAACCAUCUCUGAUCUGCGUUCAGACUGAUCCUUUGAAGUGAGCAGGACAAUUAAGUCAGGAAUCCAGUUCUCACCCUCCUGCAAAUUUGCAGUGAAGUGAUAAUGAGCAGGGAAGGAGAUCAAAGCCAUGACGGAGCAAAGGGGCCUCCGCUGGGAGCUCUGCCGUUGGCAGAAGAGACAUUGCAAGCCAUAGCUUCCUCUACGGGGUACCCUAAGCCGGACGGCGUGACCCAGAGGAUUCCCAGAGGGGGAAGAGGCGUUCCGGCGGCGGCAGAAACCAGUUGGGGAUCUGGAGGAAGCAUGCCGGAGACCGUGGCCCAGCGGUUAUCCAUCCUGGAAACUCAUUUAUCCAGGCUGUCGGAUACCGUGGGGAGAAUAGUGCCAAUAUUGGAAGAGAAUCUCCAAAAAGAGCACAUCCGAUAUGGCGCCGAGAGAGAGCCAAGCAAAGGAGGCGAUUGGAGCCAGAGGGGACAGCGAGCUUCAACGCAGAGUCCCGCGGCGGCAAGGGACGAGGGAGACGAGGAAUAUUGGCAAGAGCUGGAGUUCCGGGACAGAAUGGCGCGCGAAGUGGAGCGCCAGCAAGCUCUGGGAACUCUGAGGCCGCCAACCCCAACAGAGCUCCCAACCCCCCGAAUGGGCGUCGGAGUAGAAAGACCACUGGGGCCAGGGAUCGGGUCCAGUGGAUUAGCUGACGAAGGCGGAGAGGAGCAGGAGAUCCAGGAAGAGGAGGAGGAUGUGCCGUACGACGGGGAAAGGCGAGAUGCGGGGGCUACAGCGAGGCCAGUAUGCGGAUGGGGGGAAGGGCCGACAGCGGCGGCAGGAUUUCGGGAGCCGCGCAGAAUGACCACCGGAGUGGGGCGCGGCGUGAUCCAAGGAAACCCGAUGCAACCCUUCCCCAUGCCUCCCAGACAGCAUCAACGGGCCGCUGAAUGGAUGCCAAGAAGGGAAGAUCUCAAGCUAGAAUACGGAGGGGAAUCAGCCGAACUGAACUUUUUUCUAAUUAGCAUCAGGGGAUACAUGGAAGACAAUGCACACACAUUCCCCUCCGAAGCAAGCAGGGUUCGGGCCAUCGGCAACACACUAAAGAGAGGAGCGGCCAGCUGGUAUGUGCAACUACAUGCCAGACAGGACCCAUGCCUGAGGUCAGUGCCCCGCUUCCUCGCCGCACUGGAAAACCGGUUCAGAGACCGGCUAGAGCAAUUGAGAGCUCGAGACCAGCUUAGAGGAAUAAAGCAGAGGGACAAAACGGUGCCCGAGUACGCAGAAGAAUUCCUCCACCUCGCGGAAAGGGUACCAGAGUGGUCUGAAGUGACCAAAGUGGAAUUAUUUAAAGAGGGACUACGCCCCGAGAUUUUCAGCUGGGCAGCGCACAGAGAUGACCCCGAAACGCUCCAGGGAUGGAUUCAACUAGCGGGGCGCGUUGAAUCCACCCUGGCCCAAGUAAAGCGCUUCAGGAGCAGCGGCGGCCAGCAAAGACCGGUGGCGAGAGGUCGAGGAGAAACGAGGAAGCAGGAAAGACCCGGAGGGAGGCCGGGGAUUCCCUCCAGAGGAGACGACAACAAACCUAAACCGGGAUGCUUUGUAUGUGGGAAGACGGGCCAUCGAGCAGCAGAAUGCUGGGCACGGAAGGGGGAGCCGCCAAAACCCUCAAAGCCCAAGCCAGCAACCGGGAGGCGUGCGGAGGAGGAGGUGCAAGCCCCAGAAUCUCCAGAAAAAUUGGCUUGUGAUGAAAGAAGAACCGAAGAGGAGGACGAAGAAAAGGAGGGCACCAUGUCAUGGAACCCAGUUACAGGGCUUUGGUAAUUCAGCCCUGUAACUGGGAGUCAUAACAUAAACAAUCCCAGGAGCACCUGGCAGAAGAAGAUAGAAUAUGCCUGGGAACUUGGGGCCGAAAGUAUAAACAAUUAUAAUUGGUCUAGUGUGUGAAAAUGGUAGUAAUGUGAUAUUGGGGGUGGGACUUGAUGAUGAUAUUUACGUGUGGUGUUACGUAGCAUCAAAAGUUAUAAAAAUAGUUGUAUGUAAACAUUGGGUCAUUCCUGACUUUUCCAAAGUCAUGUGUUCUUCAAUAAAGAUUGGAUUUGAGAGCAA